CGUGGCGUGGUCGCUGUCUCUCUGGAUUGACUUACGCAGGAUUCUCUGCCCUUGCCUGGGAGAACAGUUCAGGAGACAGAUGGCUCCAAGAGCCCAGAUCCAGGGACCGCUGACAUUUGGGGAUGUGGCCGUGGCCUUUACCCGGAUUGAGUGGAGACACCUGGAUGCUGCUCAGCGGGCCCUGUACAGGGAUGUGAUGCUGGAGAACUAUGGGAAUCUGGUGUCUGUGGGGCUUCUCUCUUCCAAACCAAAACUAAUCACUCAGUUGGAGGAAGGGGCAGAGCCCUGGAUGGAGGUGCGAGAGGCUCCAUCAGGCACACGUGCAGUCCAGGAUUACUGGUUUGAAACAAAGAUGUCAGCCCUAAAGCAAAGCACUUCUGCAGGAUCUGUUCUGGGAGAGCGAAGGAAAAGUGUCAUGAUGGAAAAAGGCCUGGCCUGGGAGGGCAGAAGCUCCACAGAGAAGAACUAUAAGUGCAAGGAAUGUGGGAAAGUCUUCAAAUACAAUUCGUCCUUCAUUAGCCACCAGAGAAAUCAUACCAGUGAGAAACCACAUAAGUGUAAAGAAUGUGGCAUCGCCUUUAUGAACAGUUCAUCCCUUUUAAAUCACCAUAAGGUUCAUGCAGGCAAACAGCCUUAUAGAUGUGUUGAAUGUGGGAAGUUCCUGAAGAAGCACUCAACGUUUAUCCACCAUCAGAGAAUUCAUUCUAGGGAGAAACCCCACAAAUGCAUUGAAUGUGGAAAAACUUUCAGAAAGAACUCAAUCCUUUUAAGUCAUCAGAGAAUUCACACUGGCCAGAAACCCUACAAAUGUAAUGACUGUGGGAAAGCCUUCGCUCAGAAUGCAGCCCUUACUCGUCAUGAAAGAAUACACAGUGGAGAGAAGCCUUUUAAAUGUAAUGAGUGUGGGAGAGCUUUCAGGGAUAACUCAACUGUGUUGGAACAUCAGAAAAUCCAUACUGGUGAGAAGCCAUAUCAGUGUAAUGAAUGUGGAAAAGCCUUUAGGAAGAGCUCAACUCUUAUUAGUCACCAAAGAAUGCAUACUGGAGAGAAACCCUAUCACUGCAGUAAAUGUGGAAAAUCUUUCAGGUAUAGCUCAUCCUUUGCUGGUCAUCAGAAAACUCAUAGUGGAAAUAAACCCUAUCAGUGUCGUGACUGUGGGAAGGCCUUUACAAAGAGCUCAACCCUUACUGGACAUCAGAGAAUUCAUACUGGAGAAAAACCCUAUCACUGUAAGAAAUGUGGGAAAGCCUUUCGGCACAGCUCAGGCCUUGUUGAACAUCAGAGACUCCAUACUGGGGAAAAACCUUAUAAAUGUAAUGAAUGUGGGAAAGCUUUUCCCCAAAGUUCAGCCCUUAAACAACAUAGGAAAAUUCAUAACAAAGAAAGAGCCAUGAAAUGUAGUUAGUGUGGCAAAUUGUGCAGAGUAGUUUAUUCCUUCUGACUGUCAUAGAGGAGACAUUAAAUAAAUUAUGCAUUUAACAGAAAUACUCUGUGUACUUCUGAGAGAAUGUCUCACUUGUGAGGAUAUUCAUUGUGAGGUUUGUACUAGUGAAAUAUUUGAAUAAGCUAAAUGUAUGUCAGUACGGAAGUAGUUAUAGCAUACUGCGUGCUAAUUGAAAAGAAUGAGGUGGAGCUGUAAAUACUGUACAAAUCCAGGCAUGGUGGCAUAUGCCUGUAGUUCUAGUUGCUUGGGAACCUGAGACAGGAGGAUUGCUUAAGCCCAGGAGUUUGAGUCUGUAAUGCACUAUGAUUGUGCGUGUGAAUAGCCACGGCACUCCAGCCUGGGCAACAUAGCAAGACUCCAUCUCUAAGUAAAAAAAUAUGACAGUAAAAAUAUACCCAUGAUACCUUGUUAAGUUAAAGAAGCAAGUUGCAGGAAAUCUGUAUUAUAUGCAUUCAAAAAGACCUGGAAAAAUAAAGACCAAUCUUAACAGCA